CUCGAAUGUGGAUCACUGAAAACGAUGUAUACCGAGGCGGCUAAUUUAAAUUUCAGCUCGAAUGGAAGCAUCGACGAUCCACUGAGCUCUCUGGAUCAAGAAUGGAACGAGCCCCCGGCGAAAAGACUGUCUCGGACGGGACACCAUGUUAUGUCCGUCUUCCUUGGAUCUAUUAUGGUUUUUGGUUUCAUCAAUAACCUGGUGGUAUUGAUCCUAUUUAUUAAGUUCAAAACUCUGCGGACUCCUGUGAACAUGCUUUUGCUGAACAUCAGCGUGAGUGACAUGCUGGUGUGCCUCUGUGGCACCACGCUCAGCUUCGCCUCCAGUCUACAAGCACGCUGGCUGUACGGGAAGCACGGGUGCAUGUGGUACGGCUUCGCCAACUCUUGUUUCGGAAUUGUGUCGCUAAUCUCGCUGGCCUUCCUCUCCUAUGACCGCUACAGCACCUUAACCGUGUACAACAAGCGGGCCCCCGACUACCGCAAGCCUCUGCUGGCUGUGGCGGGCUCCUGGCUCUACUCCCUGUUCUGGACAGUGCCCCCCCUGCUGGGGUGGAGUAGUUACGGCCUGGAGGGGGCCGGGACCAGCUGCUCGGUCACCUGGACAUCCCAGACUCCCCAAUCUCACUCCUACAUCAUCUGCCUGUUCAUCUUCUGUCUGGGGCUGCCUGUGCUGGUCAUGGUCUACUGCUACGGGAGGCUGCUCUACGCUGUCAAACAGGUGGGGCGGAUCCGUAAGUCGGCGGCGCGGCGGAGAGAGUUCCACAUCCUGUUCAUGGUGAUCACCACGGUGGUGUGUUACCUGCUGUGCUGGAUGCCCUACGGCGUGAUCGCCAUGAUGGCCACCUUUGGACACCCGGGCCUCAUCACCCCCAUCUUGACCGUGGUGCCCUCCAUCAUGGCUAAGAGUAGCACCGUCAUCAACCCCCUCAUCUAUAUACUCAUGAACAAACAGUUCUACAGGUGUUUCCUGAUCCUGUUCCACUGCAAACGGCCCAGUUCUGAGAACGGCGUCUCCUCCAUGCCUUCCAAGACCACCGUCAUCCAGCUCAACCGCCGGGGUCACAGUAACAACGUAGCAGUCACGCCCCAGCUCUCCACCGGCGCCAACCACCAUAACCACCAUCCCCACACAGUGGAGUGCAGCUCUAACAACCGUGAAGUCACCACCCCAGUCUCCGAACAGACCAGCCCAGACCCCAACCAAGAGAUCACCUCCUGGGGACAGCCGCCUACCCCCUCACUACCCCCCGGAGCCCCUCUCAACCCACCCCCCCUUUCCCCCACGUGACAAACGCUAUCCAGUGAUCCACUGUGUUGUAUGAUAGUGUCACCCCCGAGAACUAUAGAGGAUAUGGUGUUAACCCUGGCAUUUGUCAUUUGGUGUCGCCCCCGCCCCCCCAAAAAACGGUCUACACAGUGAUCUCUCAUGUGGCGUCACCCAACAACUCUGCAUAGUGAUUUGUCAUCAUGAGAACGCCUCAGACUACCCUUAAAAUGAUCCAUCAUGAGUCAUUGGGUCACCAGAGAACUCUUCUAUACAGUCAGUGACCUAAUCCACAACGUUACCCAGACAGAACUAUCAAUAUCUUCUACUAACAAAGUGAUCUAUUCCAAGUCAUCACCCCAGAAACUAACCUGUGAUCUAUUAUCUUAUAAAAACAGGUUAUCCCAACUGGCAGCCUGCAGGUGGAUUUAUUUGGCCCCACAAGUUCAUAGCAAAAUACAUAAUAUAUAUAUUGGAAUUUACAUAUUGGAAUUUACAUUGUCGGAUGUAAGACUAAAAACACCAUGAA